AUGUCAACAGCUGCCUUAAUUACUUUUGUCAGAAGUGGCGGGAACCACGUGAGGAGGAGAGUGCUGCUGAGCUCCCGCCUUCUGCAGGACGACCGGCGGGUGACGCCCACAUGCCACAGCUCCACUUCAGAGCCUAGGUGUUCGCGGUUUGACCCAGAUGGCAGUGGGCGUCCAGCCACCUGGGACAAUUUUGGGAUCUGGGAUAACCGUAUUGAUGAGCCGAUUCUGCUGCCGCCCAGCAUUAAGUAUGGCAAGCCGAUUCCCAAAAUCAGCUUGGAAAAUGUAGGCUGCGCCUCGCAUAUUGGCAGGCGGAAAGAGAACGAAGACCGGUUUGACAGCGCUCAGCUGACCGAUGAGGUCCUGUACUUUGCCGUGUACGAUGGACACGGAGGACCUGCCGCCGCUGAUUUCUGUCACACCCACAUGGAGAAAUGCAUCAUGGAUUUGCUUCCUAAGGAGAAGAACUUGGAAACUGUGUUGACCUUGGCUUUUCUAGAAAUAGAUAAAGCCUUUGCAAGGCAUGCCCACCUGUCUGCUGAUGCAACCCUUCUGACCUCUGGGACUACUGCAACGGUAGCCCUGUUGAGAGAUGGUAUUGAGCUGGUUGUAGCCAGUGUUGGGGACAGCAGGGCUAUUUUGUGUAGAAAAGGAAAAUCCAUGAAGCUGACCAUUGACCAUACUCCAGAAAGAAAAGAUGAAAAAGAAAGGAUCAAGAAAUGUGGUGGCUUUGUGGCUUGGAAUAGUUUGGGACAGCCUCAUGUGAAUGGCAGACUUGCAAUGACAAGGAGUCUUGGAGAUUUGGAUCUUAAAACCAGCGGUGUGAUAGCAGAACCAGAAACAAAGAGGGUCAAGCUCCAUCACGCUGAUGACAGCUUCCUGGUCCUCACUACAGAUGGAAUUAACUUCAUGGUGAACAGUCAAGAGAUUUGUGACUUUGUCAAUCAGUGCCAUGAUCCCAACGAAGCAGCCCAUGCAGUGAUUGAACAGGCAAUACAGUUUGGUACUGAAGAUAACAGUACUGCAGUAGUAGUGCCUUUUGGUGCCUGGGGGAAAUACAAGAGCUCUAAAAUCAACUUCUCAUUCAGCAGAAGCUUUGCCUCCAGUGGACGAUGGGCGUGA